CGGAUCGUCCACAUUGUCUAUGCUCGCGGCCACCGAACGUUCGCGGUCUGGAUAGAGCAGUGCGCAAAUACUUGUGAGCACCUUCGGCUUCGGGGCAAUCGGCGCCACAUCAUGAGUGAACUGGCGACAAAAUAUAACCUGAUCGACGAAAAACCACCCUUCAAUGCACCCUUGAAGGCACAGUACAAACAGGGGUUCGCCUUCUACACGAUGCGCGAACGGUUACCCAUCAUACUCACCCAGGUCAUCGAUCAACUGGCGAAAGACAAGGAACAGAUAGUGGCCAAUUUUGGGGGCGAGACGGCCCGGGACGAGCUGAAGGCGGCGAUCGGGGAAAUAUCGAAGCUGAAGUACGAGCUACAGACGGACAAGGACUUCAAAUCGAUCCGCAGCGCCGUGGGCGAUGAAGCACUGUGGAAUGGCUUUAUUGAGGGGCUCGGCGAAAACAAUUCCUACUACUCGGCCUGCUGGCUGUAUGCCGAAACAUACAUGUACCGACGGUUGAACAACAUCUUCGAAAACACCACGACGCUCCAGAAGCUGGACUACUUCCAGCAGCAAAAACACAAGGCACUAACCAACUCCUACGAUGCCAUGGUGGCCGUGCUGCGAUCGAUUGAAGCGUUCAACGAAACCAGCCGGACGCCCGAGGAAAUCGGAGAGUUUUUCCGCAAGCUGCUGAAGCUAAACCUGUGGGGUAAUCGCUGCGACCUCUCAAUCAGCGCCGGCCAAGACGUCAAACAGGACGGGGAUCCGUUCAGCUUGCUAGAAGCGCUCGAUCGUUGCAUCGUCAGCGACCAAACGCUCGAUAUAUGGCGCUGUGUUUCGUCCGCCGACAGCGACGACACCGAUCGGGUGGUGGAGAUCAUCAACGACAACUCUGGCUACGAGCUGUUCACCGAUCUGUGCCUGGCCGAUUUCAUUGUGCACCAUCGAAUCGCGCCGAAGGUGUGCUUCAACGUGAAAGCCAUACCGUGGUACAUCUCGGACGUGACACCGAAGGAUAUGCAGUGGACGCUCGACACACUGGCGGGCCACGCGACGCAACCGCUGCUUUCCCGCUUCGGAACACGCCUAAAGCAACACUUCGACACGGGUGCCUUCGAGCUGCGGGCGCUGAGCAACUUUUGGACCUCACCGUACGAGUUUUGGCACAUGAAAGACAUUGCGCCGUCCCUGUACGAGACGCUCCGUGGGGCGCUGCUGCUGAUAUUCAAAGGUGAUCUCAACUAUCGCAAGUUGUUGGGCGAUUUCAACUUCCCCUACACGACACCCUUCGCCGAGGUGCUUCGCGGCUUCCGACCGACCAACCUGUGCACGCUGCGCACCGUCAAAGCGGAUCUGAUUUGCGGGCUGCCCGACGGACUGGCUGACGAGUUGCAGCGGAAAGACCCCACCUGGAUGGUUACUGGUGAGUACGGCGUCAUACAGUUUGCCCCCAAAUGAUGGCCACGGCGCACACGAGAAGAGCUACGCAGUCCGAAUCUGGUAGGAGUGGGCCCAGUGACAGAGUGCAACAGGCCGGGAUUUGAUUGUUGCCAUCAGCUAGUUGUACGUUUUCUUUUGGUUUUUGGCUAAUAGCAACUCCGCAAUAACAGGUAGUACAGCCCGAGAAUUCACAAGUCAAACAAAUCGAACCAAUAAACACUGUCCGUUUUACAGAAACACGAGAGAGGGGACAGGACACUGUCGUUGGCAGUUCGUAUAAAGAUGACCGAAAAAAA